CAGCUUGUUGAGGUGCUAGUCUCUAAGCGGCACAGACGGGAGUUCGUACGAAGGCAAGAUGGCGGAUGUGCUGGAUCUUCACGAGGCCGGGGGCGAGGAUUUCGCCAUGGAUGAGGAUGGGGACGAGAGCAUCCACAAGUUGAAAGAAAAAGCAAAGAAACGGAAGGGCCGUGGCUUUGGUUCUGAAGAGGGAUCCCGAGCACGGAUGCGUGAGGAUUAUGACAGUGUGGAGCAGGAUGGUGACGAACCUGGACCACAGCGCUCUGUCGAAGGCUGGAUUCUCUUUGUCACUGGAGUCCACGAGGAGGCCACUGAAGAAGACAUCCACGACAAAUUCGCAGAAUAUGGGGAAAUAAAAAACAUCCAUUUGAACCUGGACAGGCGUACAGGAUACCUGAAGGGGUAUACUCUAGUUGAGUAUGAAACAUACAAAGAGGCCCAGGCUGCUAUGGAGGGACUUAAUGGCCAGGAUUUGAUGGGACAGCCAAUCAGCGUGGACUGGUGUUUUGUUCGAGGACCACCCAAGGGCAAGAGAAGAGGUGGCCGAAGACGCAGCAGGAGUCCAGACAGGAGACGGCGCUGAUAGUUCCUCUGUUGUCCAGGUGGUCUCUCCAUGCCAUUUGGCCGUGCAGCCUUGGAGAAAUACAGCUGGGGUGGAACUCUGUGUUUGUAUUUAAUCUCUUACCCCUGUAGUGUUUCUUUUGAGUUAUUAAUAAAUGUUCCACUUUUGUUUUCUAUA